AUGAAAGCAGGGGGGUUGUGCCACCAGCGCAGUCGAUCGGAGGGAGGUGUGGUCGAUCUGGUGGAGUAUUCCUCGAACCCUAAUGCAGAUGGCGGUAUGGAUGGAGAAAAUUUGUCUUCUCUCGGUGAGACCAACGUGCACCUUGGUAGCUACGAUCUUACCCUCUCCACCGCUACCGCCGCCACAACACCGUCCGCCGAUUUCGUAUCCCACUUGCUCUCCGUUCUUUUUGCAGGAAUGACUCCACCUGAACCUAUGUUUGUAAAGGCUCUCAUUAAUAAUCCACCCUUUGGUUUUUUCUCCCGUUUAUCUAACGGUACCUCUACCGUCGUUGACCCAAUGGCUCUUGGUCUCGCCUUUGAAUACAACUUAAACCACCGCUCAUCGCGUGGCAUAUCUUCCACCGUACGCUCUGGUCUUGAACGUCUCUUCUCACCAAUGCGUAAAAAAACGCGUCGACGAUUCCGACCCUCUACUGCUUCUCUGCCCGCUCAAAUGAUGGUGAUGGCGGACUGUGCUACUCGGGACGAACACUGGUUGUCUAUGGUGCAGCUAGCUGCGGAGUCUUCUGCUCAACCGUCUCAUCCUCCUCCUUCUUCGCCGCCUCCCCCUCCUCCCACCUCUAAUGUUAGAAGCAUUGAGGGAACUGCAUCGGAAGACUCUAGGACAGCGGGAGCAGAAGCAACAGUGGAGGAAUUGGGGGCAGAUGCAUCAUCUGUGCCUGCGGCCAUGACAGCUGCUGUGGUGAAGGAUGAAGUGCAAAUUGGACGUUUGAGGAAGGAAGAACAACGAUUGGAAGCGGACAUACGAAACAUUGAGUCAUGCAAAUCCGGUUUGUUUACCCUUAUGAAUGUUGGCGUGCUAGUUUUGUUUAAUGCAAUAGAUGUUUUUCGACUUUAG